UUUUCUUAUCUUGUCUGUUGUUCUUUCUAAGCUGUACCGUUCGUGUACAAGAGUGCAUGUCGCAUGUUUCUCUUUGGUGGAUAUGAAAAUAUCUGCGCAUUGAAUUUAACCUCAAAAUGAAAUAAAUGAACAUCAAGCAGGGGAAUCAAGUUAUGCGAUUACAUUGAUAAAAUAUUGUUAUAAUAUUAGAGCUGAAAUUUACUAUUACAUUUUCCAAGAUGGAAUCUGUACCUGAUGAAACUUUUGACACUCGUAUUCAGGAAGGAUAUGAUGUAAUAAGAGCUGGAAUCAAAGCUGCUAAUAAUCUGCCAGCUGGAGACAAUUUUAACUAUUAUGUUUGCUUUCCAAGUUUUAAUGAGGCCAGGAAUAAAGGUCAAAAAAAAAUAUUGGCUGCAAUGCAGACAAUAAUAAAAACAGCAGGAGGUUCCAGCAAUAUUGAAAGUGCAGAUGUUGAUGAUAAGUUUGAGGUUUUAUUAGAAAUAAAUGAUCAAUUACUCGAUCAAGCUAAUAUAUUAAUGGAUGAAGAGAGCGGUAUUUUACGAAAUCCCCAAGUUGAAUUGAUUGUAUCACAAAUGCCAAAACCAAUUGUGAAUGGCAGUUGGAAUAUAAGAAGUGACCGUACUAACGAAGGCUCGGAUAGUUCUGAAAAGAUACGAUUACUGGCUGCAAAGAAUGUACAAAGACCGCAGUUAAUGUUCAAGGACAAGAUUAACAAUAGUUCAAAACCAUGGAUGCCUCGAAUUAAGGAGAAACCAAAUUCUCUGAAACCAUUGGCUCUUUAUGUCGAAGAAGGCGAACAGGGUGAAGUCUUUAAUCAUCCUUACGAAUUUGAACUGGAUAAAUUUAAUACACCUGAAUGUCAAUUGAAAAAAAGUGUGCCUGUGCAAUACAAACCACUGGAGAACACUGAAUUCAAAUAUAUCGAGAAAACAUUGGACAUCAAGAUUCUUCUGGAGGAUCUGAAAAGUCAAAAAGAAAUAGCUAUAGAUUUGGAACAUCACUCUUACAGAACGUUUCAAGGCAUAACUUGUCUGAUGCAGAUAUCAACAGUGAACACAGAUUAUUUGAUCGAUACUUUGGCUCUGCGGUCAGAAUUGCAUCAACUCAAUGAAAUCUUUACAAAGCCUACAAUCUUGAAGGUCUUUCAUGGUGCUGACAUGGAUAUUCUGUGGCUUCAAAGAGACUUAUCGCUAUAUGUUGUAAACAUGUUCGACACUCAUCAAGCUGCGAAACAGCUCAACCUACCCUACCUCAGUUUGGCUUAUCUACUAAGCAAAUAUUGCGGCAUAAGUCCCAAUAAACACUUUCAAUUGGCCGACUGGCGUAUAAGACCUUUACCUACAGAAUUGAUGAGAUACGCUAGAGAGGAUACGCAUUACCUACUUUACAUAAAAGACAAGUUGAAGAACGAAUUGAUCGAGUCUGCUAAUGGCAAGAGCAAUAUCUUGAAGUCCGUGUACGACCGGUGCACCGACCUUUGCAAACGAACGUACGUAAAAUCGAUCUGGACGGAGGAGAGUUGCAUGAACAUGUACAAAAAGAGCCAGAAAUCGUUCAAUAACAAGCAGAUGUACGCGCUGCUCGAGUUACACAAAUGGCGAGACAUCACCGCGAGAGAAGAGGACGACAGUAUCGGCUACGUGUUGCCGAAUCACAUGUUACUCAAUAUAGCUGAAACUCUGCCACGUGAAAUGCAAGGUAUCCUGGCGUGUUGCAAUCCAAUUCCACCAUUGGUGCGGCAAAAUGUGCUGAAACUCCACAAGAUAGUGCUAAAAGCCAGAGAUCAGCCGCUCGUAAUGUCCAUUCCAGAACAGGACAUUCGGCAGAGGCCGACGCAGCAGACUCACGUGGUAGAUUCCAGGACGUCGUUGUACACGCCACAUGAUAUACCGAGUGGCACUGAAGCGAGAACAGAUUUACCCUGUCUUUUGGAUGAGAAUGUUUUGUUGCAACAAUCAAAGACGAAUCAGCAUCAAACUGUGAAACACAAUGUGACAUUAUUUGAUACACCAGACACAUCAGAGGACGAAGAAAUGAAAGAUAGCAAUGAAAAGAAAAAAGUCAUAUUUGUAAGUCCAUAUAUGAGAUAUAAGUGUGUACUACCAAUGGUAGCACAUUACGAAGCGAAAGAACGAGAGAAACAACAAAAAGAAGAAGAAAAGCCUUCAACUGUACAACAAAAGGAAGGCAUAGAUGAAACUGAAAUCAAUGAGAGUAAAGAUAGAGUUUAUGAGCACUUCAAACAAAUGUCUCAAACUAUGAAUAAAGAAGUUGAAGUCUUGCCUAAAAAGAAGAAGAAGAAAAAGAAACCUAACCAGUUCACCUUAAAUCAAAUAGCACAGUAUAAGAAAAGAAAGAGAGAAUCUAACGUUAUCAAUAAAACUCUAAACGAUUAUAAAAACUGUACUACGUCGUUUUCUACAUCGACUUCAGAUGCCAGUGUUAUGCACCCGUCUAAGAAAAUGAAACGAGAAGAAACAAGUCAAGAAUCGAAAGGUAAAAAUAAUCCUGAAGUAAUUGCAUCAAUAAGGGCUAGGAAAAAGAAUGAGAAAAAAGCAAAUCAACAAAUGCUGAAAUCACAGGGUAUGCUACCGUCAGCGAAAUUCGAUUACAAAUCAGUGGAUUUCAGCAGCUUCCAAGGUGGCAGUACAGUGGACUCCGCUGAAAACUCGUCGGGAGUUGCGCAAGUGGACUGCCUUGGAUUGGGAAAGACGGUCGCAAUGAGUUUAGAAGGGCUCUUCAGGAGCAAGCCUAAUGGCAGUGACGCGCUGGAGGUACGAUUCUUCCUCUCCUCCAGAAAACAACCGCGUCGCGUAGAAGUGGUGCUAGGCGAGCAGUUCGGCUUGGAGUGGACGGAUUUCAAGAUAGAACGUAGGACGGUGGUAAUAGUGCACGGUUUCCUGUCGCAUGGCCAGGAGAAAUGGAUCAGCGAUAUGGAAAGGACAUUUCUCCAAUGGGGCGACGUUAACGUGCUGGUGGUAGAUUGGAGCGCUGGAAGUAACACGUGGAAUUAUUACAAGGCGGCGGUCAACACCAGAAUAGUGGGAUAUCAGAUAUCAAAAUUUAUAGAGCAUAUAACGAACAAUACAAUCAGCAAUGAAGGACCGAAUACGAGCAAUUGGGGUCCCUUACAUAUGAUAGGACACAGCCUCGGCGCCCAUAUCUGCGGAAUGACCGCGAAAGAGCUGAAAAAGCGACAGAGUAGAUGGACUGUCCAGAGGAUCACCGGUCUAGACCCUGCACAGCCGUGUUUCCGCAACGCCGAUCCGUCCGUUCAUUUGCAUAAAAAUGACGCAUCAUUCAUCGACGUGAUACACACAAACGGCAGAUUACUCUUGAGUCUGGGUCUCGGCUUACCCGAGGCCAUAGGUCACGUUGAUUUCUAUCCCAACGGCGGCAAAACGCAACCCGGCUGCGUCAAAACGGAGACGUCGUACUUCGAUUACUUGCAGAUUCCUACAGCCGCGAUACAAAAAGCGAUCUGCAGCCACGGACGUUCCUAUCUUUACUUCACGGAAUCUCUGGCGUCUGACGCGGCGCACAAUUGCAGUUUCUGGGCGCAUCAUUGGAACAUGACGUUCAGGCAUCUUUCGCAAAUAAUCGCCGAACCGUGCGACGUGAAAGUCUGCUCGGAGAUGGGCAUCAGGGCGGAGAUGUAUCGUCACCGCGGGACCUUUUUCGUGGCUACCGCCGGCACUCCUCCGUUUUGCGCCAACAGCACCGACGUCAACGAGGAGGUGGAUAAGCAAUUGCGAAAGGAGCAUUAUGGAUAAAGGCUCGACUGGUGGUGCAUCAACAAACAACUUAGGUAAAUCUGUAAAUAAAUGCGUUGUUAGCACAUACUGAACAGUACAUUUAAAUAAUAGCUCCUUAUAUCUGGAUAUUUACAAUUGAAUGCGUUUGAUACAAAUAAUAUGUACAAUUUUCGGCGUCUUUCUUCGCUCUCUCGCUGCUUCGAUCUCGUAUGUGCAUUCAUAUUCUUAAUAAAUUACAAAAAACGCAUGAUAAUCUGAAUUCUUAAAAUGAGAUACGAUACAUACAUAUACAACAACGUGCUUGAAAAAUAAUGUUUUCCAAAGGUUUGGAAAUACAUCGAUAGCUCUGAAGAAUUAAAGGAGUACAAAAGUAAUGAUCAUAAUCACUAUGGCAGAGAUAAUAAGUAUGCCAGCUUCUUGUAUCACCUUUCAUACUAGUGAAAUAUAGUUUCAAUUUUUAGAAUAUGGGAUAGUAUUUUUUAAUUAAAAAUGCAUCGUAUAUCUCUAACAAGGUAAAUAGUAUGCUCGAUGAAUUGUAAAGUGCAGUGUGUCAGAUUUAAUAAAAUGUCGAUUUCUCCUUGAAAA